UUCAAGGGCAUCUCUUGAAUACAGUAAAAAAGGAACACAGAAGAGUCAAAGAUUUUGUCGAGAAAUUCAGACAGACAGCGAGUGACGUGAAAAUGGUAGAUGAUACUUAUGGGAUAACAAAAGCCCAAACAGAUGAAAUGUUGUAUAGAAUUAGUGCAUUAGAAGCCGGUCUUCAUCGACAAGAGACCCAACUGAAAAUUUUCAGGCAUCUCAGAGAUAAAUCUGAAAUUGAACUACAAAGGUGUACCAAUAUUUUCUACGACACCAAAUAUGUCGUAGCUUGCGCGCUGAGAGUAUGUAAAAUGAAUGAUACUGGAAAGGACAUUUUAGAGAUGGGGGACCGUCAGUUGAUGCUUUAUUUGUUUGAUAUACUCAACAAAGCUGUCACCGAACGAUGGAAAAAUAGGACACCUUCAUCUGCUACUGUGCAUUUCCCUCAAGAAGCUUAUAAAAUUGGUGAUCUGGGCAUUCAAGUGUCGCACAUCGAACUGCGUAAAGCUAGAAUGUCAAGGCAAAGAAAAUCUUCAAGGCUCAGUACAUUUAAAAUACUGGCAUCCCUUGGAGUCAAAUUGUCUAGGACUAGCUCUACAAAGAGCAAAAUAAUACAUGAGGAUUUAGAAAAUUCGGAUCAGGCUGAAGAGUCCGAAAAUUCGACCAAUGAAAAGGUAGAUAAAAGUAGCAAACAAUCGAGCAUAUCUCUCGGCAGCCAAGAAGAAGAUUUAGAGCAAAAACUUAUUGCACUAGAGGCUGUUGAUGAUGAAGAAACGGAAGUUGAACGAGAAGAUGAACCAGAGUUAGAAGAAGAAAUAAAAUUAGAACCAGAAGAGCAGUUACUCGAGAAUGAUAAUGUGAAACAAGAUGAACUUGCUAAAAAUCAAGAAGUAGUAGUGAAGACCGAAAAAAGUGAAUCAACAAUUGCUAUUGCGGUAACUGGUGAGGCAUCCUCGGAUCAAGUAGAUGUGCCGGAGUGACAAUGAUCUGUUUAUUUGCAUGUACCAAGUAACAUUUCAAAUCAAAUUCUUAUCACGCAUUUGAGCUCUUCUUUCCUUGCAAAACUUGUAAACUUCAAACAUGAUAGGUCAAACACAUGUGCUAAUCUGAUUCUGUACCAAAUCAAGAAAAAGUAUUAUAAGGUAUCGGAAACUCCUAAAUCAAAAUAUACAAAAGUUAUUAUUAAUUCGAAGAUGAUCUUUUAUUCAUAUUAUGU